UGCGAAUUUUCCACUGUAUUCUGUGAAAAGACUCAAAAGUUGGUCAACAUGCAGGCCUUUGUCUUGGCUGCUAAAUACCAUUCUGUGCCAGACCUUGAAGUGUGCACCCUGUUAGAACAGAUGCUUGAAGCACUAAAUGGAAAGCAAGAAGGAAGAUCUGAGAUGAAAACAGAUGAGUUUAUGAAUGAUAAGAAAUCUCAUGAAGUUCAGGUGAUGUCACAGUUAGUAGACAGUAUUGCAGAUUUUUAUGGCAUCAAGCAGGUGAUUGACCUUGGUUCUGGAAAAGGCUACCUGAGUUCCUUUUUAUCCAUGCAAUAUAACUUAAAGGUUUAUGGAAUUGAUUCCUCAAGCACCAAUACUCAUGGAGCUAAUGAACGGAAUAGGAAAUUGAAGAAACACUGGAGAGCCUAUCAAAGUCGGGCAAAAACAGGUGUCAAAGGCCAAGUGGUGGAAGAGGCAAAGGAAGGGCCAGUGGAGGAUGAAAUGAAAUGUAAAUCAAAUAUCAAUGAAGACCUCUUAAAUGCUAACAACCAUCUUCAUGGGGAGGAUCAUCUGGCUACUUCAGCUUCAAUUCCUCUGGAAAGUACUGGAGUUUUCACAGACUCUGAAAUGUCUCAAACCAGCAAACAAACUGAACUUCAUGGAGUGGCACAGCUACAGUCUUAUAAGAACAAACUUUCUGAAAAUGCCUUUUCUAUUAUGAACAUCCUGCCUAGUGAUGCUAUAGAAGGUACUUCAUCCAAAAAUAACUACCUAGAGCUCUCUGAAGAUGAAAAAGAACAAAGAAAAAUAGCCUCCAUCAAGGCCAGAGCGAGCAAGUCAAAUGAAUCAAACAUUUAUUUUCCAUUGACCUCAUAUAUCACUGCGGGAACAGAACUCUCUGACAUCAUUACAGAUCUAGAGGACUGCAUAAUGGUGGGUCUACAUACAUGUGGAGAUCUUGCUCCAAAUACACUGCGAAUUUUUACUGCUACGCCUGAAAUCAAGGCAGUUUGUAGUGUGGGCUGCUGCUACCAUCUGUUGUCAGAACAGUAUGAAAACCAAAAAGAUUGCAUGGUGGAAAUGUGGGGGUUUCCUAUGUGCCAGUAUUUAAAGGAAGAGCGCUGGUGCUGUGGUCGCAAUGCUAGAAUGUCAGCAUGCUUGGCUUUGGAACGGGUUGCAGUUGGCCAAAUGCUGCCUACAGAAUCUUUGUUUUAUCGAGCUGUUCUACAGGUUAUUAUAGAAGAAUGUUAUGGUGUCACCAAAAGAGAUCUUGUCCUUACUUCACCAAAGAGGGAACAGCUCUAUCUUUACCACUGGAAACAUACUAGAGGUGUACCUCCCCCACAGGAACCAAAGGAAAAUGUGUUAAUUUUAGAUAACAGAGUCUGGAGAUAUACUGUUCUGCAGAACAUCUUUAAUGCUGGUUUAAUGUCAACCACAGUCUGCACUUCUUUAAUGCUAGUUUAAUGUCAUCCACCAGCUGAAAAGCAUAUCAGCAUGUGCUGAGUAGAGCAGCAUUGAGCCCAGGAAACAGCGUGGAUGCCAGGAAAAUGAGGCAAUGUAGACGUGAAUCUCCUUCAGGAUUUCCGGAAAGAUAAAGCUACAAAUACAAAUGGCUUCCUGAUCAUCAUCUUCACAGAAUCCCAAUCUCUCAGUUUUUUUUCCCAUGUUUAAUAUUAUAUACAGUGAAACUACACAAAAGGUCAUGGGGUACUAGGUUGUAAAAGUAAAGGAGUGAGCUAGGCCCCAGGUUGUUUUAUUUGUUAAAGCAAAUAUUGUAACUGAAGGAAUUUAAUAAAGAUUGUAUGUUUUAAAUCACAGGUGCUGUAGGCCUAGUUUCAAGACACCACCAUUUUCAGUGAAAUAGCUGUUAUUUUCCUUGUUGCUCUGAAGCCUCAUGGGGACCAGAUUAGCACUUUUAAGACAUCAGAUUCCAUAUGAAUUCAAACAGCAUUCAAACAAAACAGCUUAAGGGCCUUGUUACACAUUGCACUUUGAGCUGCUCAGAUGUUGAUCUCUGUUAGUGCUAGUUCAAGUUUAGAGGAGUCACAGUUUAAUGUUAAAAACCUUCUCUGACUGUCUCCCACC